UGUAGUACAACAGCUGGAGUAACCAAUAUUGUUCUCCCAUGCACUAUACAAUAUGUGAUGAUAAUUCUGCGUUUGUGUGCAUUUCUCUAGAUGUGAUGCACAAAUCUUUGUUGUUGUUAAAAAAGCCAGUUCCCCCAUUAGCCCUUAGUGAGAGAACUUGCUAGGAUAUGGAGCCUGCGGUACCUGCACUGGUGGGGUUCUGCGGUCCGUCUGGUGGGACCAGUGGCACAUCUACAAGGAACCAGGCCUGCUUCAGUAUCUCUUUAUUUCCAGAAGUUCGUGGCGUUUGCCAGGAAACAGUUGCAGGUAGCGGAGAGCGCUGACUAACGAUACAUUCUUACCAGGGAUCGCAGUGAGACGCGCUGACACUGCACAGGAAGUCCGUUUCCAGUCCACCGUUAGUGGCGGGUCUUGUCCCAAGGCACUAUUCGGGUAGUGAAUACGUUUCUAGAGCACCAUUUAGGAAACAAGUCAUUUCGAGGGUCCGGCUAGGCUGUCAGUGCUGUAAAUUUAUAUUUUCUCCAUUUCUGAGUGUUUUUAACCUGUACUAUGUGUCUUGUGAGCAGGAUAUGAGGGCAACAGCGAUGAUCACUCCUUUUGUGGUUUCCUGUAAUGCAACAGCUUUGCAUCUCGACUUCCUUUCCAACGAAACUCUCCUCUUGUUAUUGUUCAUGUAAACAGGAGCCAGAGGUGCUGAAAAACAUCCCUUCGAGAAACGUGAGUUGGGGGACGGGGGAAGCUUAUAAUGGACAUACAAAGCUGGCCAUAUAAAUGGAUAGAGCAAGAAAUGGAAUCCAGUCUGGCACAUGUAAAUAGCUUUCCCCACACCGUAUAAUAUAUUCCGUACUAAUUUACAGUAAACCUCUCACACUAAAAGCUUUUAACGCAGAAUCUAUAUAAAAAAAGUCAAUAGACAUUGUGCCGUGUCAGAAUGAGAAAUUACACGUUAUCUUCCAUUAAAUGGAAUAUCUGCACACGGAUACAUGUGAGCUGCUGCGACCUGUAAUAUAAAAGGGGCAUUUUUACAAAGCCUUUUGCUGAUGACCCACCGGAAUUCGUCCAUUUUUCUGGGUUAUCGGGAAAUCAGCGAGUUAAUGCAUUAAGGUAUAAUUUCUGAAUCAACCACUAAAGGUGAGAGCUCUAUGGCUCGGCUUCCUUUAAUCUACAAUCUAUCUGUUCAUUGCUGAAUUCUCCAAGAUAAUUAAGAACGCAGUAAUGUAAUAGCAAUCAGGGUCUUCUACAGCAGCAGUUCCUAAUCUAUUUGUACCAAGCUGCACUGCAUUGACGGAAGCAUUUAUAAGCUGCACUCAGGGCCAGCAGAGUUUAAGGCAGCGUGGGGUCCCAUCACCAUAUGUGAAAUAAGGCCGAGUAGGCACUGGCUACCUGAGAGGAUGGCAGUGAUUUGUGCUAUGGCUACAUAGCCUCCGGGCACUCUCUGGAACGAUGCCAAGAGCUGGAUAGUGCCAUCACUCCCUGGCCUUAGUAAUGGGCGCACAAGGGAGAAAUCUGACCACAGCGAUGUCUGCGGCUCCCAAAUGACUGCCAGAGAGAGAUUCAACUACAGCUCCCCAGGCUGGGAGGACCUCCUUAUAAAAAAAUAAAAUAAUUAAAUGGUGUGUUAGAGUGUGUGAGUGAAUGGAUGUAUAUCUUGCUGUUUGAGAGGGUGCAUCCACAAAUUUUGCAUUGAAACUAAAUCUGGACUUUCGGGACCAAUGCUAUUUAUUCUUUACCGCAGACAGCCUGGGUGCAGGACAGAGCGCUCAUGAUAUCUGUGUAAGAGCGGCAUAAUCGCAACUCCCACACUUGUAGGAAACAGAGCUCUGUCAGGGGGAGUAGGUUAUUGAAAUAUGAUGUCAGGCAUGACCGUAUGUGUCUAGAUGUGAUUGUCUGUAUGUGUGUGCAUGUUGGUGUGUGUCUGCUUGUGUAGCAUUGUGAGUCUGUUUCCCCUCCUGGCCAGUCUCAGCACCCAAGGAAACUGGGCGCAAUAUUAAGAGAGGUGUUAGGAUAUGAUGACACAUCAUGUCCCCGUCCUCCCCCUCUCAGAGAAUGACCGCCAGUCAUGGGGAGUUGAAGAGUUGGAGCUAAGCAAGAGAUAAAAAGCAGCAUUGAGCACUAGCAGGUCAGCCAAGCUGCAGGCCUGUCUAGGGAUGUUGAGCUACAAACGGUGUCUAGAUAUGAGGUUUCGGUCUAUUUAUUUAACUGUUUCUAAGUAAAAUAAUAUCUGUUGGUUGUAUACGGUCAAAGGGAUAACGGAAUGAGUAAAGCAUCCCAACGAUGGACGAAGCACAUCUACCUCCGGGACCAUCCAUUGACCAUACAGGAGAAACGCAGAUUGAGGUAAAGUCCUUCAUAUGUUCCCAAUAUUGGUCAUUUUCUGGUUAACUUUUAUCUUCAGAGAUUCAUAUUAUGCCUAUCUAAAUGUGAAAAUGUAAUUUGACUUUUUCCAAUAAACCAUGAUUAUCUCAUUUUGGUAGAUUUGAUCUCAAUAUUCCCCAGGCUAGCACACAUUAAGGUUAUCACGUGCCAGACGUCUUCAGAAUAAGGUCUCUCUGUGUUCUAGGGAGGAGAUGCAAUUUAAGAAUUUAAAUAAAACGUUUUUGGGACCAUGGCAGAAUUGUGGACAGUGCUCAUAUGUCCACCCAACGUUGGAGCAAUUACAGCAAAUCCUGAGAGCCUGCAAACUGUGGGAGAGGACACUGAUUUCCAUCAGGGGUAAGAAAAAGCACCCCCUAGUUAAUAGUUAAACAUGACAGCUCUCCAUCUCAUCCAAUCAGUAGAGAACAUAGGUUAGAACCCGCCAUGCCAACAUUAUCUUUUUUUGUGGACAUAAUAAUCCCGGCUCACUGAUACACAUCUGUAAAAAAUAGUUGUCCUGAGAUUUUGAUUUGUGUUUCUGGAUCAUUACAGAAGUAAAUUUAGCUUGGGUAGACAUUGGGUAAACAUGGCUAAUCCAGGCCCAAGUUUUCUGUCCGACAUUUUUAAAAAUGCUGGAUGUGUUGUAGUGAUGAUAUAAUAUUUCAGGAGUCAUGAGACCUAUUUACUAAUAUUUGGCGUCAAAACAUUUCUGCCUCUAUUAUUCUACUUGAGACUGAACCAAUUGCAGUGUUCAAUCAAUAACGGCACUGCAGCGGUCAGGUGGACUGAGAUCAAAGGCUUUAUCGGAUAUUUCCAAAGCAAUUCUGGAAGUUUUGCUUGGAACGUAGCAUUUCAGUACACGCAGAACAUCUUCCUGGUCUGGCCAACUUCAUCACGGAUUGGAAUUCUUGAUAUCUCAGAGACAAUAAUAAUUCACAUGUUCUCCAAUAACUGAACUGCAAAGAAAGAGGAUACUGGAAUGUUGACUCCGCCUGUUAUAACCUAUGCUGCCUACUGAUUGGAUGAGAUGUUGUGAUGUCAUAUUUAUGUAAUACUGUUUCAGUUAACUAAUAACAUUGUUGAAAAAAUUUCUGUCAGAGAAAGAGUUAAAGGGUUAUUCCAAUUGGGUUUUUUAAACUUCUGCUAUUUUUGCUUAUUUUCUUAUAUUGUACAUUUCUUACUUAGUCCAUUUUUGGGUGAAAAACGAUUAAGAAUAGGUUAAAAGGUUGAAUCGAGUGUGUGAUCAUUUCCAUGAGUUCUCUGUCAUCACGCUGAAUCAUCCUCUUUCAGCAUGUAGUCAAAUCAAAUACUUCUCAGAGAAAAGCAAUGUUAGAUUUUUGGCGCAUGCGCGGUGAGAGUCAUAAAGGCAAGAAUCAGCUUCUUUUGAUAGUGAAGCAUUGAAUCCAAUUCUUCCAUAUCAGAUGCAGCGAACACUGUGUGCAUUCAAAAGCAGAAAGACAAGCUGAGUGGCAGAGAGCACUGCUUCUGUGGCUAACGACCUACCAGGGGGUCAGUAGCAUUUUUGUUGUAGCAAAAAAACACUUGCUUCUAAUCACGACCCUAAGGGGACACCGGUAGGUAGAGACAGGGCCUUUGAUGAGCCUUCAAUAGAAAAGGAACUGAACCAAAGGUAUCCAAGGAAUGACUAGGUGACGAGGUCAGAUGGUCCGGAGGGCAGAGCAGGCAGAGAGGAAGCAGGGUCAGGAGACCUCUAAACAGUAUUAGGGGGAAUGCUGGGUUUAAGAAGAAUGUGUGAUUCACAUGACCAAAACCCCUACCCAUAGCAGAGCACUGCAGGGAUAUGGAGUGUAUUUAGGGACUCUGCUCCAUCUUGGCUGCAUGAAUGUCCAUGUUCUGCUUCCUCAUCACGCCUAAAGCCCUUCCCACAACACCCAGAUAUAAUGUUGUAUUGUCCACAUGGCAUGGCAGGCGCCAUCUUGCCAAGGCAGAGUGAUCACCGCAAGCCCCCAUCCAGUAGCAAGGACCAUGGAGAUUGUGGGCAACCUGUGACAGUUGACUUCUGAUAGGACCUCGACAUAAAGCUCUCCCAAAAGCGGACACCGAGGAUGCUUUUUAUAAUGUGUUUUAUAAUUACCUUUAGCAAAUAUUGUGGUGCUUAUUCUCCAAUUGUGGUGUUGUAAUGAAUUACCAUAAUUUACGCUAAAGCAACAGAUUCAGAAAACUACCGAAGAGUUUUGUUAAUUUGUCAGACAUUUUGCAAAAAUAAACAUCUGAUUUUGGGAUUAGGUUUCAUUGAAACAGUUAGUCACUUAGAUUACAGAUCACAUAGACAUUUUGGGGAUAUAGUACUUCUAAAAGUAAAAAAAGGGGGGCGUGGCCUGACGGGCGAUGCGGAUGGUCGCACAGUGCUGAGCUCCGCGCACCGACGGCCCGAAAAAGCUAAUUUCUAAGCAGUACCGGCAAUUAUCCGACCCACACACAACCCCCCCAGGCAUGGCAGCACAGAAGGCCAAGAAGCAGGCCGAGAAAACCGAUCCGGCCGGCUUUUUUGCGACCCGAGCGUCGACGCCAAAAUUGAUGGGCCUAGCUGACCAGGGACAAGAUGGCGACGGAGGUAAUGACACACUGCCACUACCAACAUCCCCAGGCACACAAAACUGCCAGUUACCCAAGACUUCCUACAGAAGUGUCUAGACACCAUGUCCAGCAGGAUUCUUGAAACCCUGCAAGGUACACUAGGAGAAGUGAAAAGGGAGAUGCAGGAGCUGGGGGACAGGACUGCACAAGUGGAGAACCGUGUGGAAGAACAAGCCACUGUGCAUAAUGCUAUGGCAGAACAAGUACAAGAGCUGCAACAACAACUUGACACCACGCAGAGGAAGGUCAUGGACCUAGAGGACCGAUCGAGACGUCAGAACCUUAGAAUCAGAGGCAUCUCUGAGGAGGUAAAGCAGCAAGAUCUACAUGAAUACCUAAUGGGGUACUUUAAAGCGAUAGCACCAGAUCUGACAGCUGAUAUUUUACUGCUGGAUAGAUAUCACAGAGUGCAAAAACCGGCGUUCUUACCACAAGACACCCCCAGAGAUGUGCUAACUCACCUACACUACUUCCAUGCUAAAGAAGCACUACUUCAAGCAACGAGAACGGGCGGCGACCCACCACAAAAAUACAAACAUAUCAAAAUGUUCACAGACCUCUCUGCGGCUACGCUGCAAAAAAGAAAAGAAUUUAGGGAAACGACUGAAACCCUCCGCUACAACAAUAUACAGUAUAGAUGGGGAUUCCCUAUCCGCCUCCUAAUCAGAAGGAAUGGACUGGUGACCACAGUGAACACCCCAGAAGAAGGCCGCAAACUGCUGCGCAGCUGGAACGUCCUGCCAAACCCGGAGAAGAAAGAGGCGACUGCAGCACGGAGAAUGCCAACUGACUGGAAAAAGACUAAAAAAUGAACUAACACAGAGACUUUUUUUCUUCCGUUGAGGACGCUGAGGCAAAGCCUGAAGUCUGGCGGUCGGAGAAGUGCAAGUAUUCCCAGCACUACACGCCUAACCAUAAACAUUUACAAAACACACAUGACACAUUCACUCAUAAGCACACAGGAUAUUAAUGUAUAUAUAGAUACAUACACACACGCAAAAAAAAAAAAAAAAAGGCCAGGAAGGCUUGACGUGCAUUUGAACCAUGAACAUAACACAAAGCCCAUAACCCACACACACACACACACGAAAAAAAAAAUAAAAAAAAAUAAAUAAAAAUAAAAUAAAGUAACGCAACCUAUACGCCACAGCAACAGCCGGUAGAUUCACACAUACAAUGAUUGCAACACGAAGGUGAAUACCGAGGGAAAGAUUCGGGCACCCUAAGUGCAACCAAUUACACCACACCUUAGAAGUCGACAGAGUAACCACGCUCCCACCUUGCACUAUCGUGAUAGUGCAAUACCCUUCAGUGGGAAAUGUAUACUGAACCGUUUGUAAAUGUAUACACUUAUGUUUUAUUCUAUGUGACUGUUAUAUAUGUUGUUUAUACUGCCAAUUCCUCAUACCUACCCUCUACCACCUUGACCCUGACCCCAAGCAUUGCAGAGCCCCACAGAGUGAACUAUGGAGACAAAAUACACAGGAACCCCUGGGAAGGCAGGUACCUCAUCAGGGGGAUUAGUACACAGACAAACAGAACCAAUACUUGUAUAACACAUACAUUAAAUCAUGAAAAUAUACAACCACAAUGUUAAGGGGUUGAAUACCCCAGUAAAGAGGUAUUGUCUUACCAGAGACCUGGGCAGGUCACGCCCAGAUAUAGUGUGUUUACAAGAAACGCACUUUAAACAGGCGUCCAUACUAGCAAAAGCACAAUAUCCGGUACAAUUCCACAGCACUGCCACAUCAAAAACUAAAGGGGUUGCUAUAAUGAUUAGCAAAGAGGUCUCCUUUAAGCCCUUGUACGAAGACACGGACACACAGGGGAGGUUUAUAAUACUGGCGUGUGAAAUUAACAAUUUAGAGUACACUAUAGUGAACAUUUACGCACCAAACGCAAACCAGAGAAACUUUUUGCACAAAAUUAUAACGCGACUUGCGCGGGUCCAGAGGGGCAUCACGUUCAUAUGCGGGGACCUGAACCACAUACUUGACCCCAAAAGAGACUCAACGGUAGGACCAAACACACCCAGACACGCAACCCUCACACGAGAAUGUAAGCCCCUGGUUCGCUUGUUUAGCGAACAUGACCUAUAUGACGCGUGGAGGGUAUUGCACCCGGACGAGAGGGAUUAUACAUUUUUCUCCCAAGUCCACAAUACCUACUCUCGGAUAGAUGGGUUUUACGUAAAGGGAACGUUCCUUAAUCAAUUAAUAGCAUGCUCGAUAGGGAACAUUACGUGGUCCGACCACGCCCCAGUUACCCUCGAAUUGCGAGAUGCAUAUGACUAUAAACACAGAAGCCCGUGGAGACUGAAUGAGACUCUCCUAAACGACACCCAAUUUUGUGAGACCCUCACUGACGAAUUACACAGGUACUUUACUACUAACCAAACGUCGGAAAUCACGCCAGAGACGCUAUGGCAGGCACACAAACCGGUCAUCAGGGGAUCCCUCAUAGGUAGGGCGAGCGCACUGAAACGGGAGUCCCAAACCAAAAUGAGGCACUGGCUAAAGUCACUAUAUACCCUCAACAAACAAAACCAGUUGAGCCCAACUCCUGAGCUCAAACGGCAAAUUCAGGACAAACUAGGGGAAAUUAAAGAGCACGAUCUAGCAAAAACAGGGUACCACCUUAGAAAACUUAAGACGACACAGUACGUACAGGGCAAUAGAGCAAGCAGACUAUUAGCCAGGAGACUGUCACACAGAAAUGUGAAUGCCAAGAUCCCAUUCAUUCACAACCAAACAGGGGAAAAAAAGGUGACACCCAAAGACAUUGGGGACGUAUUUGCGGAUUACUACACAUCUCUAUACAACCUGGAGAAUGCGGUUGACACGAGCCAGCCAACUACGGGCGGUAUAGAGACAUACCUAGCGGGGAUAUCUCUACCAUCACUGACAGUGGAGCAAAUAGCUACAGUACAGGAAGAUAUCACAGUAACAGAAGUACUUCAGGCCAUAUCCCAUCUCCCAAGCGGGAAAGCCCCAGGCCCAGACGGGUUCUCCAACAACUACUACAAAAAAUUCGCACAUACUCUAGCCCCGCACUUAGCAAACUUAUUCAAUGCACUCACUCGCAAAGCGGACGCUCCGGCGGAGAUGCUGGGCGCACACAUAGUAACACUGCCUAAACCAGGAAAGCCACCGACAUGUAGUCAAAAUUUCAGACCGAUCUCGUUACUCAACACGGACAUUAAACUAUAUGCAAAAAUACAAGCCAACAGAAUAGCGGACAUAAUCCCAACAUUAAUUCAUGAUGAUCAGGUGGGAUUCACAAAAGGCAGACAGGGCUCAGACAACACCAGGAAGGUAAUUGACCUACUAUACAGCCUGACUGACAAAGGUGAGGGGGGGAUACUUCUGUCACUAGAUGCGGAAAAGGCUUUUGACAGGCUCAACUGGCCUUUUCUGCAGGCGGUACUUGGUAAAUAUAAAUUCCCCCCAACCUUUAUAAACGCCGUCAGAGCGCUCUACUCCCACCCCACAGCCAGGGUCUUAAAUUCUGGGUUUGUAUCCAAACAAAUACGCAUUACUAAUGGAUCGCGACAGGGGUGCCCCCUGUCACCAUUACUCUAUAUUUUAGCGCUGGAACCCUUGGCGGCAGUUAUUAGAGCUGACACGAACAUACGAGGAGUACUCAUGGGGACUAACGAAUUUAAGCUCAAUUUGUUCGCGGACGAUGUCCUAGUAACACUAACACGCCCAUUAAUAUCCCUACCAAACCUGAUGACGAGAAUCCAAGAAUAUGGGGCAGUAUCAUACUAUAAGCUUAACGUCACGAAAACUCAGGCCCUAGGAAUACAACUAGGAGGCGAGUUAGCAAUCAGACUGGAACGAGCAUUCCCUCUAGACUGGAGACACGAUCACCUGACAUUCCUGGGUAUCAAAAUAACCAAAAACCCAGCCCACCUGUUCCGACACAACUACACCCGUUUACUGAAGGAAUUUACAGACACCCUUCACUCAUGGAAGGGUAAAUACCUGUCGUGGAUAGGACGCAUAGCAGCAGUCAAAAUGACACUUACCCCUAAGAUACAGUAUCUUUUCCGGACGCUCCAAAUACCAAUACCAAAACAGUUCCUAAAAAACGUGCAACAUAUCAUUAACUCAUUCAUUUGGGAAGGGAAAAAGGCAAGAGUAGCAGCAGGGACGUUAUAUCGAUCUGUCAAAAAAGGGGGAUUAGGCCUUCCUAACCUGGCGACGUACUACAGAGCAGCAUACCUACACAACAUUGCACAGAUUAACAGGCCUACCGGCGCCCCGCAGUGGGUGACGAUCGAAGCCAGCAAAGCACCACAAGGUGAUCUUAGGUCACUCAUGUGGAAACAGACGAAAAACAACCAGGAAAUAAACGAUCUCCUACCACCUACCCAAACCUUACUGCGAAUGUGGCACACAAUGAAACCAGACUUAGUGACGCAACCGAUAAUACCGUUAGCUAUGCCAUUGCGCUCCAUAGGACUGGAGAUUCCUACAUUCCCUUGGGAAAUAUGGGUGAAAGGCGGGAUACGUCACAUGUACCAAGUGAUAGACAGGGGGCGACUGAUACCGUUCCCCGACAUACAGGAAAAAUACAACCUCCCCUCCAAAGCAUUAUUCUCCUACCUUCAGCUCAAAUCUUACGUACUAGAUAAGCUAGGGAGACGAACAGAUCCCACAGCACCGACACAUAUGACGGAAUUCGAAAAACAAAGCACGGGAACAACACCACUCAAGAAAAUAAUGUCCUGGGGAUACCAGAGCUUAAUAACGCAACAAUCACACACAUUAGGUGAGGUCAAAUCAUCCUGGCAACGAGAUAUCAAUGUUACAAUAACAGACAGGGACUGGGAGAGGGCAUACACGGCUCAUAGGGGGCUUACAGCAUGUGCCACACAUCUAGAAUUGCAGCGAAAAAUUUUAUACCGCUGGUACUUAGUACCGGAUAAAUUGCACAGAAUAUGGCCCUCGACCAGCAAUAUGUGCUGGAGGUGCGGGAAGGACGUGGGCACGAUGAUACACACUUGGUGGACAUGCACCAUGCUCAGACCAUUUUGGGCAGAGGUAGCGAACAUACUACAGAAGAUAUCGCCAGCCCCAAGAGUAGACACACCUCAGAUGUGUCUCUUGUUCAUCUUGCCAGAAAAAUUACCGAAACAUAUCAAACUGAUAUUAUAUCACACAUUAAUAUCAGCCAACCUAGUGAUAUCCCGACAUUGGAAAAAAGCUCUCACUCCACCCAUAGAGGACCUUAUAAAACAGGUAAACCAAAAUUGGGAAUACGAAAAAAUGGCACACGCACAAUUUGGAACACGAAAAGAGGUACAGGAAGCACACGACCUGUGGGUUCAACAAAUCACGAGCUAAGACACCACCCCCCCUAACCACGUCCACCCUAGUGAGUCUACCGACUCCUGAAACAAAAUCGAGAGGCGCCACGCAGAGCGCCAACAAAUACUACCACACCAAAUAUAUAUAUAAAAAAAAAAAGGGGUUUACGGUAACUAAGCAAUGAAGCUCCAGAAAACACACAACUCAGGGAAGCAUGUUUGUAUGUAGAUGUCUAACUAUGUUGUACACUGAUAUGUAGAUAACUACACAUAGCUAUUGUCUGUGUAGCCAUUAUGCAAUGUAUAAUUCCCCCCCCCCCUCUUUCCUCGUUCUGUAUCCCCAUGUUUCUUUUUGCUCAAAGACAAAAUAAAAAUUGUCAAUUGGAAAAAAAUAAAAGUAAAAAAAGAAAACUUAUGGGAUAUAGAACCCAGACAGAGCACCGCACUAUUAUCCCAUUGUUUGAGCUUCACGUUUAGUGUUUUCGUUUUAGCAGUGUUUGUGUUUUUAGGUGAUUAAACACUGGUUUGGUGGCUGCAUUCCGCUGCAUUUUCACAAUAUAUUUUAUUUGCUGUAGUAUUUUUGUCUAUGGGUCCCAGUGGGUACCAGUGCCUAAUAGCAAGGAGCUAUUGCAGUACAGUAAUACAGUAUCAGGUUCAGUAGAAGGUGACCAGGAGCGGCUGGCCCUGAUGGAUAAACUUUAUGCAAAUUAUAAGACUGACGUGUUAUAUAUUAGGGUGAGGGAUUUAGGGUUGUUGGGUGUGAGGUUUCACCUUGUUUCUGUACCCCACAGCGAGGUUCGGUUCUGGUAUCUCCUCUUAUUUCUCCUUCCUUCGCUUCCUGAUCCUCCUGAAUCUUGUUUCACUUGUUUUCACCUUCGGAUUACUUGUUGUCCCAACCAUCGUCUUCACCAAAGAAGGAGCUGGUCAGACACCAUCAGGUAAGAGCUAACUUUCCUAUAUGUAUACUUUCUAAAGUAAUUUAGAUUUUGGCAACAUACUACUUAUAAAGAUGAAAUAGCAAUUCUCUCUUUGGGAUCAAUAAUGGCUACCAAUAGGUGUAAUCCAUCGAUCAUCUGGAGAACAUGUGGUAUGGCUUUCAAAAAGGUUAAACAGCCAGUUUAUAGUCUAUCUAUAGUCUAUCUACUUAGACAUUUAAAGAAAGUCUCAAAGCUGACCGGUCACUCUCCAAACCCCUAUCUGUACAGAGUGUGGUUAUAAUUCAGGCUAUGGGGGUUAAAUAGCAAUGCCUAUAAAACAAAUGACUACAUCAUAUAUCGAUAAAGCACAUGUAUGAUUCAUUAUAAAUAAGAUAUAAUGAAUUACACAUUUUAGCCAAAACUGCUGAAUUGAAAAAGUAAAAUAAAUACAUUAAUAAGCUAUUUUUUUCUGUUGUUUUGGCCUAGAUCGUUUUGAAUUCCUGACAAUUUACAUGUUAGUAAAUAGCCGUGUAGGAUACAAAUUACAAUGAACAAUUUAACUUAGCUGGUGAUCUAUGUUUUAAGAAAUUUAGAGAAAGUUUAUAAGAGCAUCUCACUCUUUAACAGAUGUUAAUCAAUUAAUUAUGUUUUUACCCCCAUGAUUUACUUUCAGAUGCUCAGUGUAUUAACUUUCGGCAUCAAAAUAGCACUAAAGGUGUCUUCAUAGAUCUUUUUACUGGAGAAGUGAGUAUCUGAUACUUAUUAAUUGUGACGUAGGGUUGUUGGUAUACACUCCUUACACUCUGUGUAGAUGUUGAAAGCUCACACUGCUCGUUAUUGCACCGUGUAAUGCUAUAUGGCUUUCUGUUAAUAUAAAUGAUGAGAGAAGGUUUUCGCUCAGUUUACGUAUUGACGUUCCAGGUGCAGACCCCUUGCUCACUGUGAAUUCACUGAUGAGGCCUUUCAGAGGCUGAAACGUGGUGUGGGGUUGCUGUAACUUUUUAAAACACUAAAGGUUCAAUUUCUAAGUUAUUAUUUUUAUGAUGAUACAGAUCACGUCUUCUGUGGUAAUGGUUCCACGGAUUCCAAGCUAUGAUGACAAAUGGUUUCUUGUGUUUACACUAAUAAUAAGCCAUUCCUGUGGUCCUGAGUCCUCCUCGUCCACGUUCCACUGAUAUUUAGAGUAUUAAAGGGAACGUGGACUACGUGGGCAGUCUUAGAGAACAGAAUGGGCAUUGUAUAGAGUGUGUUGGUGUCAGGAAUCCUGGAAGCUGAACACACUGACAGAAUCCCUAAAGGAAUAAGUCCGUUAUACUGGUCCUUAGAAUGGUCGGGUUAAAAGAACAAACAGAGUCAGGAUAGCAAGCCGGAUCAAGGGAGCACAGAGAUCAGAAUAUAUGAUUAAACAAGGUCAAUGGAUAACAGAGGACCGGAUAAAUGUAGACAAGAGUCAGAACAAAUACCAAGAAACACAAGAGGAACAGUUAGUAUAUAUAGGCAUUACUUACACCUGAUUGGUCCUUUUCCAUCUGGAAUUGACCACUAUUCGUCGAAGGUACUUGAACUUCCUAAUCUGACCUCUGACGUCAUUUAUGUGCUCCGAAUUCGGCAGUUUGUUCGGUCGCACAUAUACACACACUGCACGCUUUGGACGGAAUGCUGGAGGGGCUCGUGGCACUCGGAGCUUCGGCGGGAGGUAAGCGUGGUAAGGAAGACUGAUAGUUGGUGCCCACUGGCGAUAUUGGCCAACAAAAGGCUGAAAGUGAGCAGAGCCUGAGUACUGCUAGAGAUGGAGCAGGAAUGUCACUAUGCAAGUUCUCGAACAGUAUGUCUGUUUGCUUCUGGAAGGAAGGUGGGUUCAGCAAGCCAAGAGCACUUACGGCCCAUGUGUUAUGCCAAACCCAUGCCUUGAUUUGAGUUAUGAAAUGUUACAUCAUCACAAUACUGCGUAGAGUGGUCACAUGUUUAUGGCGUUACUCCCCUUAAUAUUUAUUAUUAUAUAUUGUACAGAGUGUGUUGGUAUAACUGAUAAUACUAUUAAUAACAUUCUUUUAAAUAGACAUUUCUUCAUUCCAGGGUUUUCUGAGGAACUCCUUAUUUUUUUACGGCUAUUAUUCUGAAGAAACCACUGAUUUGUCUUUGUUCGAUAUCCGCCUGGCGUAUCUGCUGAUCCCCCUCGUCUAUUUGCUACUCUGUGGAUUAUACCUUUUGCGGUGGUAAGAAAUCGGUAUAUAAAUACAUUCCUAUACUGGUCCCUAUUUUCUCAUUUUUAAUCCAAUCUCCCUUCAAUCAUUGACCGUCGCAAAUAAUGAACCCCUCAGUUUGAUACAACAGACGAUCAUGUUUCAAAUCAUUCCCCAUAAUCAAUUUAUUAUCGACAUGUUGUUGAUUUCUUGACCAUGUUAAUCCAGACAUUACGGAACCUGCGUGCCUGCUGGUAUACAUUGAUUUAAUGGGAUUCUGUGUGAACUGGACCAUAUUUAUUUUUCUUUUUUUCAUCAUUUGUCCCUCCUAACAGAGUUUUGUGUUUCUCCAGCACUGUACAAGGCAUUACCACUCGGAGGGUGAGGAGCAGAGAUUACAAAACACCAAUCAGCACCAAAGUUUUUUCGAGUUGGGACUUCUGUGCACAAGGACUGAGGAUGUCUUCCCUAAAACAGCAGAGUCUGAGCUAUGAGAUCAAGGUGAGCUUUAAUUCUGAGGAGUAAUAAACAAUGUAUAUGUCCAAUUAAAUAUAUAAUUUAUACAUCCAGAAACUCCCAAUGUAAAUAUUUUAAUCCACUUGUUCAAUGCCCUGCCUUAAAAUGUUUUUAAAAAUUUCUUUACAUACGUGUUUUCAUUGUAAUAUAGAGUGCAGGAAUUUAAACCCCAUACACACCAGGUAUUUCCAUUAAAGAAAAUGGUCAUUAAAAAAAUGUAUUCUCUUAGAAGAAAAGUUAAACUAUGCAGAAUGAUGUGUAAAGAAAAGAACAUUCGAUAAGUUAAUGAAAUAAUGUUUAUCACUCUGUGUCCCUUUAAAGUCUCCGACUAUUGGUUACUGUGUCUGUGCCACUUGGCAUGUUCAUGUGUCUUUUUGCCAUAGUCUCAUCUGGCGGAGGAGCUCUGGCUGUUGGACUUCGAAAGACAGGCUGUUGGUAGAAGGGCAUGUGUUAUUACCACACGCGUGCUGAUUAACUGUGUAAUCAUGGCAUUGCUGGGCGGUGCGUUCUAUUCUGUACAUCUUGCAACUGGGGUAUCAUCCCAGGACUAUCACAAGGUAAGUGGAACCAAUGCCUAAAAUCUUAUCCUUAUCCAUCAGCAACUACCUGACCUCUGACCUCGCUCCUAUCCCUCAGAUAGAAGUGCCUCCUAUUCUGGGCUUACUGAGACACUACCUCGUCCCUUUCGUGAUCUCUUUGGUACAUCUUAUCCUCCCACGCAUCUUCACGUUAUUGGUAAGAUUCGAGGGUCACUCACCCAGCGCAGAGAUUACCUUGACCCUGAUUAGGUAAGAGCUGCCAUCUUGUCCUGUCUAUUAUUUAACUAUCUCCCCAUGACGGAUUGUGUUCCCAAUUAUCCCUCCAUCUCCCCAUGACGUAUUGUGUUCCCAAUUAUCCCACCAUCUCCCCAUGACGUAUUGUGUUCCAAAUUAUACCACUAUCUCCCCAUGACGGAUUGUGUUCUGAAUUAUCCCACUAUCUCCCCAUGACAUAUUGUGUUCCAAAUUAUCCCACUAUCUCCCCAUAACGGAUUGUGUUCCGAAUUAUCCCACUAUCUCCCCAUGACAUAUUGUGUUCCGAAUUAUCCCAUUAUCUCCCCAUAACGGAUUGUGUUCCAAAUUAUCCCACUAUCUCCCCAUGACGGAUUGUGUUCCGAAUUAUCCCACUAUCUCCCCAUGACGUAUUGUGUUCCGAAUUAUCCCACUAUCUCCCCAUGACAUAUUGUGUUCCGAAUUAUCCCACUAUCUCCCCAUGACAUAUUGUGUUCCGAAUUAUCCCAUUAUCUCCCCAUGAUAUAUUGUGUUCCAAAUUAUCCCAUUAUCUUCCCACGACGGAUAUCAUAUGUCUGUUUCGGCCCUAGGUAUGUCUUCCUGAAGCUGGGGACCUUGGGGAUUUUGUUUUUUUCUCUGGGGCAGAAGAUUCUGUGUUUCGGGAGCGCAGAGCCCUCCUGUGGAACAUGCGGCUACAACACAGAUUUUGAGGUGACAUUGUCUGUUUCUCUGUGUGUUUGUGCAGGGGCACCCCAAAAACAUGUCUUUACCUGCCUAGGCCUGUGUGUCUAUUAACCCCCUUUUGCCCCUUCUGAGUAUCUUACUCCCUUUUCAUCUCUUCUCUCUUUUUACAUAUUGUCUCCCCCCUUUUCUCAUUUGUAUUUAUGCUUUUACCUCUUUUUCCUACGUCCUCAUCGGUCUCUGUCCUCUCUCUCUUAUUGUAUCUCUUAGCCCUUUAGUGGGUUAUAUCUCCCCUUUUCGCACAUCUUUUUUACCCUCUCUGUGUCUAACUCUCCAUGGGUAUCUCCCACCGUGUCUCUUACACCCUCCACCCCUCACCUGCUUCCCAGACUGUUUGCACUGCACUAUCUGUGGAGGUUUCUUGAAAAACAUACAGUCCUGGUUUUUAGCAGUUUGUCCAUCCUGUCUGAAUACUUUCUGGACUGAGGGCAUUGAUCCCAUUAAGGUGACUAGGACAGCCUUAGGCUGCGUUCUACUGCUAUAUAAUAAGGCUAGGUAAACGAGUCUCGACUGUAUUUAAAGAGAUAUUAUUAUUAUUAUUAUUAAGUUCCAACAUCUUGUGCAGCGCAGAGCAAUGAGUAAAUAAUUCAUACAAAUAAUUGUCAAAAAUAAACUAAGUUUGACAGAAACAAGGGCUGAAGCUUUUGCUUAAAGGAACGUAUAACAUGAAUGGAAGAGAAAAAUAAAUGUCAAGCAGUGAUAACUCCGUGAUUAUAUAUUGGAGAUAGAAGGUGGAGGAUUGGAUCAUUUGCCAGGGUUUAUAUCCAGUUUGAGGUGGACACGUGACUGCGAUGAAUCGUUUGUUUUUCCCUCAGUGCUGGGAGACAUCGGUGGGACAGGAGUUUUACAAACUGAGCCUCUUCCACUUCCUGUACUUCAUAAUGGAUUUCUUGGUUUUCCAAGUUCCACGCAGGUAGGACAGACUGAUCACCUGUCUAACGAUGUGAAGCACGGACCAUUCCCAUUAAUGUCCACCAUACACUACAGGAUAAAAGUAUAUGGCCCAGACUGUCCAUUCCAAAUAAUGACUACUUAUCAAAAUAAUAUUUCUCUUUGUCCUGUUGACCUAUUUGGCCAUCGUCACGGUAAAUGCUUCUGACCCAUCCUCUCAUAUCGGUUUUUACUAAUUUCCCAUUAAUUGACAGUUUAAAAAAAAAAAACACUCCAAGCACCAUAACCACUGCAGCACUCUACAGUUGUCACAGUGGCAGGGUGUCCUGGCAACUAUACCAGUAUAAGUAGUCAAACCGUUUGCUAACAGUUUGUUUUUUAACCCGGGUUCCAUCGGGCACCGCUCGCUGCCAGUAUGAAGAAGCAAAAGGGCCCGUUAUAUCUCCUCAGAUAAGUCCUACAUUGGGUGAGAGCGUCAGUCAGAAAGCAUUCGAUGCAGAGCAGCAGCAGCCAGUUAACAGUUAACUUACAGUGCAGGGGGUGCCAGCACUCUGUAGUGGUUCUGGUGCAUGGAGUAGUUCUUGAGUGGAAGUGUCUUCUUAUUAUGUAAAGCGUGGGUUUCUGUGCCGCUCUGACCCUUUACACUUUCUUGGUCUUUUUUAAAGCCAUGGCAACUCUUGUCUCCCCCAGUUUCCUGGUAUCACGGGUCAAACUGAGUGUGAUUGUUUGGCUUGGCAAGGAGAAAUUCCAUCUGCCCCAGAAUGUCCUGGAUACCGUGUAUGGACAAACAUUGGUGUGGGGUGGUCUGUUGUAUGCCCCCCUUCUUCCACUGCUGAACAUCAUCUUUCUCAUCAUCACUUUCUACGUUAAAAAGGUGACUGAGGAUUUGUGUGUACCUGUCGACACAGAGGGUAGAUGUCUUGCAAUGACACCUACCCUAGCAACAAGCAAAAAUAAAAGUUAAAAUCAUGGUUCACAGGGAUGACCCAAUGACAGAGUCCGGUCAGGCCAGGGCUUAGAGUGCAGAAAGACCUCAGUCCAAGCACGGUUCCCGGGAGUCGACCCAAUAAUAUAAUCCAGUCGGGCCAGGGCUUAGAGUGCAAAGACACCUCAGUCCAAGCACAGUUCACGGGGCGACCUAAUAACAGAGUCCAGUCAGGCCAAGGCUUAGAGUGCAGAGAGACCUCAGUCUGGGCAUGGUUCACAGGGAUGACCCAAUGACAGAGUCCGGUCAGGCCAGGGCUUAGAGUACAGAAAGACUUCAGUCCAAGCACGGUUCCCAAGGGGUCGACCCAAUCAUAGAAUCCAGUUGGGCCAGGGCUUAGAGUGCAAAGACAACUCACUCCAAGCACGGUUUACGGGGCGACCUAAUAACAGAGUCCAGUCAGGCCAAGAUUUAGAGUGCAGAGAGACCUCAGUCCAAGCACGGUUCCCGGGGGUCGACCCAAUAAUAGAAUCCAGUCGGGCCAGGGCUUAGAGUGUAAAGACACCUCAGUCCAAGCAUGGUUCACAGUGCGACCUAAUAACAGAGUCCAGUCAGGCCAAGGUUUAGAGUGCAGAGAGACCUCAGUCCAAGCACGGUUCCCGGGGGUCGACCCAAUAAUAAAAUCCAGUCGGGCCAGGGCUUAGAGUGUAAAGACACCUCAGUCCAAGCACGGUUCACUGGGCGACCUAAUAACAGAGUACAGUCAGGCCAAGGUUUAGAGUGCAGAGAGACCUCAGUCUAAGCACGGUUCCCAGGGGCGACCCAAUAACAGAGUCAGGUCAGGCCAGGGCUUAGAGUGCAGAGAGACCUCAGUAUGGGCAUGGUUCACAGGGAUGACCCAAUGACGGAGUCCAGUCAGGCCAGGGGUCAGAGUGCAGAGUAGUAGGACUGCAGUAAUACAAAGUAUAGGCAGAACACUAGAAAAACUAUAUUAGAAUCACAGAAGAACCGAGGAACCCAGCAGGGAAGGAACCAGCGGCCGGGUUACUGCUAGAAACCUCCACGGGCUGCAAUAACGUUGCAGUAAGUGAAGUACUGAAACCCAGAUCUGGGCACUGAGUGGAUAAUUUGUGCCAAGAGCCUGUUUUAGGUGCUGGGUGUCAGGGCACAGGCCGAGGGUGAACAGCAAUAGUCGUCAGAUGUAAUAUUUAUUUACUAUUGUGCCACCCUAGGCCUAGUCCCUACUCAUGCACACAACACAAUGUAUUUUUUCUGAUUUAAUUAAGACGUUCACUGACAUUUCACAGUAUAAGGAAAGGUCUCAAUCCAGAGAGUGUGAUGUAGACCUGGGAUGUCUCUCCUGACGCACAGUCUAAAUAUUCUGUGUUUCCGCAGUUCUCUCUUUACCGGCUCUGCGCUGCGUCCCAGAAGUUAUUCCGUGUGUCCUCCUCCAGGAUCCUCUUUUACUUCGUCCUGCUGCUCGGACUGAUAACAACUUAUUGUCCCUUGAUUUAUAUGGUGACCAGGUGAGUGAGUGUGGACGGCCUGGGAGAACGCACUAGCUGAGUAGAGUCACGUGAAGAACUGAUGUGUGUGUGUGGUGAGUAGGCAGGAACACAGCAAUGUCAGUGGAUGGUGUGUGUAGGGAGUGAGCGGGAAUAGAACCGUGUGAGUGGAUGCAGUGAGUGGGAAUAGAACCGUGUGAGUGGAUGCAGUGAGUGAGAAUAGACCCGUGUGAGUGGAUGCAGUGAGUGGGAAUAGAACCGUGUGAGUGGAUGCAGUGAGUGAGAAUAGACCCGUGUGAGCGGAUGCAGUGAGUGAGAAUAGACCCAUGUGAGUGGAUGCAGUGAGUGGGAAUAGAACCGUGUGAGUGGAUGCAGUGAGUGGGUAUAAAACAGUGUGAGUAGAUGCGGUAAGUGAGAAUAGACCCGUGUGAGUGGAUACAGUGAGUGGUAAUAGAACCGUGUGAGUGGACGCAGUGAGUGGGUAUAAAACCGUGUGAGUGGAUGCGGUAAGUGUGAAUAGAACUGUGUGAGUGGAUGCAGUGCGUUUUUAUGUGAGGGGGUGUAAAUCCUCCCUGGAAGGAGAAAGAGUUUUGUAAAAUGUGAGUCAAUGUUUGUUUAUUACAGAAACUUUCAGACAAUGUAAAAAAAUUAAAAAACAGGGCGUUCCUUGUCUCAUCUCUCACAUUCUGAUUUUCCAGGGUUCAUUAAUGGAGCAGUUUUGGUGUAUAGAUCAGGCCCAUGCUGUCUCAUUGCUUAAUUCUCUGCCAUUUAGGAGUUAAAUCACUUUGUUUAUGCAGCGCUAGGCACACCUCCCUGCAUGUGACUUACACAGCCUUCCUAAACACUUCCUGUAAAGAGAGAUCUAAAGCUUACACUUCCUUUAUUGUCUGUUUAAUUUAGUAUUUCUUGUCACCUGCUCUGUUAAUAGCAUACUAGAACCUGCAGUAGCUUCCUGUGUGUGUGUGAUUCAAUUGACAGAGCAGGAGAUAAAGACUUCUAAAGUAAAUACACUGUGCUGCUAGUUUUGAUUGAAAAUUAAAUAUUUAUUUUUCAUUUAGGCUGUGCGAGUCAGGAAGGUGUGGCAAAUGUAGCAUGGAAAGAAACAAUUGAGCAGUGAGACUGCAGGGGCUGAUCUAUACACCAAAACCACUUCAUUCAGCUAAAGUGGUAUUGUUGCUUUUAGUAACGUUUUAACAACACAAUAUAGAACACAAUAAGCACCAUAUCCACUACAGCAUGCUGCAUUACUGCAUAGCUCUUCCCGUCCCUAUCUCUGUGCCCCCUUGCACUCCCUGCCUUGGUCAGUUCCUCGGAGUAUGUGGGGCCAGUCGGUGCAUCUAAUGGUUAUGGCUGGUAAUGGCUAAUUCUUGUGAUAUCAGCUAUUAUAGUUGUUACAUUCUGACUUUCCUCUAUUUUUGCAUCUUGUAUUUUGAACUGCGUCUGAUCGUUAAGAUAUGAGGAUGAACGUAUACAUCUCCAUAAAUAUAUCCAAACCUGGUUUUCUUUUUUGAGCAGUGUCCGUCCAUCUCGAACCUGCGGCCUGUUUACAAAUCACAGCACACAGUGGGAGUCCGUCCAGCACAGUAUGUGGUCAUCGCUGUCUCCAGGGACCAAUACAAUCGUAAAUUACAUCACAUCAACCUAUUUUCCUUUUACUCUUCUCAUUGUCUUCAGGUAAGACAAUAAUUUAGUAGAAUCAUGUAAAUCCUAAAGGUUUUUUUAAAGCGGAAUUAUCAUUUUUCCAAUAACUCAGCAGAUCUGAUACACGAUAAACAUGUUAUAACGACAGAUAAGAUAGCUUGCUUUGCUUACUGUAUCAACACGUUGUACUGACUUCCUCCACCUUGGAAGCUGCAUGUUAGUAAAUGAGCAAAUCUAACAGUAUGUGAUGUAAAAAUAUUUUGUAAUGACAGAAUUACCGCUAUCACCAUUAUGUCACAUUCUCCUUCCCUUUUCUUGUAGCAUUACGCUCACGUCGUACUUCUCCAAUGUCCGUCAGUAUGAACAGAUGAUUGAUAAACUGAAGGAUAAUUUGUCCUAUGUAAGAUUUGUGGGGGGUUUGUAAUAGACCGUAGUGUGUCCGAUAUUAUAUUAUAAUCAUAUAUAUUUUUUUUUUAUCUUGUUAGCAAAUUCUAGACAAACAGUUUCUGGUAAGAAGACUUAAGGAAGAGGACAAUUUGAAAGUGACGGAGCAGCAAUCUGAUGGCUCCUGACAGGGCAAAGAACAAUUAUGCCCUCUACAUAUAUUGGGGUAUAAUGUGCCCAGCACUGGUUUCAGUGAGAACAAUGUAUAAUCAUCCAAUACAGUAUGAAGGGACAUGCAUUUACUGGACUUUGACCUGAAAAAAUUUAUUAUUGCUGUUUGUAUUAGUUUUCAUGGGUCUCUAAUGGACUCCCUAUGACCUCCUAUGGCCAGCAUAUCACAGUAAGACCUUCAUGUGAUCAACACAGUCUCCAAAGAGUACACGGCCUCCAAACAGUAGGGCUUCAUGUGGUCAACACAGCCUCCAAAACAGUAAGACGUCAUGUGGUCAACACAGCCUCCAAAACAGUAAGACGUCAUGUGGUCAACACAGCCUCCAAAACAGUAAGACGUCAUGUGGUCAACACAGCCUCCAAAACAGUAAGACGUCAUGCGGUCAACACAGUCUCCAAACAGUAAGACGUCAUGCGGUCAACACAGCCUCCAAACAGUAAGACGUCAUGUGGUCAACACAGUCUCCAAAGAGUACACAGCCUCCAAACAGUAGGGCUUCAUGUGGUCAACACAGCCUCCAAACAGUAAGACGUCAUGUGGUCAAUACAGUCUCCAAACAGUAAGACGUCAUGUGGUCAAUACAGUCUCCAAACAGUAAGACGUCAUGUGGUCAAUACAGUCUCCAAACAGUAAGACGUCAUGUGGUCGACACAGCCUCCAAACAGUAAGACGUCAUGCGGUCAACACAGCCUCCAAACAGUAAGACGUCAUGUGGUCAACACAGCCUCCAAACAGUAAGACGUCAUGUGGUCAACACAGCCUCCAAACAGUAAGACAUCAUGUAUCCUUAGCAGCCCCUACAUUAAAACUAAGACUUCAUGUGGCCUUUUCAACCGUCACAGAGACUUUACAUGGCAAACAGAGCCUCCACAUUAAGACCUUUAAUGGCCAUCACAGCUUCUACAAUAGGACUAUACGUGGCCUGCACCGUCUCCACUCUGGGACAUACAGUUAUCACACACGUGGUCAUAAACUGCCGUGUUAUUGGGACCUUGGAAUAGUGUUUUCAUUUUAAUAACCUUGUACUUAAACCAUGUUUACAUUCCCUUACUGUACUUACCUCUCCCCCAUCAGCUGGAAGGUCAUACCAUGUAUCUACUUCUUUUCUCAAAUAACAGUGUUUAAUGUGAGAUAAUAUAUCAACUUUGAAUCUUUUUUUCAUUUAGUUUAAUCAAUGGAUCUGAUGUUACACAGGUUAAACAUAGUCUGUCAAUGCAGUAACAGUUAAUAGGUAAGUGAAACAAUGUUUUUAGUUUCUAGUUACGUAUAAAAGCAACCAAGAAUAUUAAGAACGUCCGCUGUUAAAAAAAAAUAAUCACAUUAUGAUAUACUGAGACAUGAAAAGGCUAUGGAAAACCUUAGAGGCAAACUGACAGAGCCAGAGACACUCCACACAUUAAAACAAUUACAAAACAACAUGCCUGGAACACGCCUCAGCAUCUCUUACACCUGGGGAGAGCUAUGGUAAACGGAGAACAAACAUAAGAUGUCAGUUUAAAGGGAUACCAAAACAACUACAGCUUAAUGGAAAAAGGUAAGUUUUAACCCCUUCUAAGAAGGGGGGUGGGGGGGAAACCUAAAUGGUGGGUUUUCACUAUAGGGUCAGGAAUACAU